AUGUACUACACUGUUCUUCUACUGGUUCCAGUCCUGCAAGCGCUCGAACUGCCGCUUGCUCCAUACAAUGUGAAAGUAUUCUGCCGGCAGGGAAGACGAUACUCUCGCCGGGUACAGACCGUCCUUCAGUGCUCGUCGUCAACGACCGCGUGCGGCUACCUCGAAUUCAGUGCUCCAGACGUCACGAAAGGAGUGAACAAAAUAGGAAUCUACGAGUGCGUAGAUAAUGGUAUUUUGCAAAGUUCUGAUGACGAUCUCGAAGAGGAUAAUCAGAAGCUGUUCUCGCAAAUCUGCGGAGCUGUACCUCAGUGCUCACAAUUGAAUCUCGACAAUCUCAACCCAGCCUUCGCCAAGUAUCUUAUCGUUCAACAUGGUGUCCAGCUGGAGGCGCUGACAUCACGUACAAUUCGCUUCUGUUGCUCACUAUUCCAUCAUACACUUCAAAGACUGGUAACGUCUGAGAAGGACAAAUUGCCGUCCAUCUCAGCCCCACCCGUCCAUUGUCAGUCCGAAAUUUGUGGGGCCGAGGCGGUGGGUUGCCUAUUGCACUCUACUGGUACUUCUGAUUCUUCUGAAGAAUACGAUGAAUAUUACGAAAGGAAAAGGAAAACUCAUAGAUAUCGACUUGGGAAACGUCACACGGAUGAUUACGAUGAAGGAAUUGACGCAGUCCAGCUUUUCUUCGACUUUGAAGAAAGCGCCGAGAGUGAUCCAUCUCCGAAGUUUACUACCAGAACUCCAUCUCCAUUUCGCCCAACGAAAGCCUCUCUACGACCACCAGAGGUGAAAAGACCGAGAGUUCGCAUCGCAUCGUCUCGGAAUCAAAGCACCACUACCCGACCCUCCCUACCAAAAUCUGACGAAUACGGUAAGCGAGUUCAAGACUUCCACCGAAGUUGUUAG